AUGAUUGUCCUCGGUUCCGUGAAGAUGGCCAUCUCGGAGGUGUGCAACACAUACAAGCGCGAGAGCAGUAUUUUACUGAAGAGGUCGGUGAGUCCCGGAUGGAACAACUUGUCGACGAUUCACCUCGGGGGCAGAGCUCGCAUGAGCUACAGACACCGCGACUCGGUGUGCAUCGUCUCGAAAGAUGAGGACGCCAUGCUGGAUCAUGCCGUUGUCAAAAGCAAAGAGCUGCAUCACACCUUAUCGGAAAGCGAAGACACCGCCGUCGGUAGCGGCUCGCCCCAGGGGGAUUUGACAGACUCGAAGUGGGUUUCUCUGCGAGAGAAUCAAGCCGUUCUUGUCGCGCUGUCUCCACGAGGCAUCCAGUUCUAUGAGUGGGACGGCUCGGAGUUCCUGCACUAUCAUCAAAUCAACCAACCCGAGGAGGGCUUGAAGGUUUUCCCGAGAGGUGUGGGGCUCUGCGGCGACUCGCUCAUAUGCGUCGGGCUUUCCAAUGGUGCGCUUCUCGUAUUCGACGUCCAGCUCGGUAAAGAGGACGGUGCAGUGAGUCUCCGGGAGACGAUCAUCGAGCAUCAGAGCGCGAUUUCCGACAUCCACGGAACCUCGGAAGUCACAGCUAGCUGUGACGAGUUGGGAACCGUCGCUCUCUGGGCGGGGAAAACAGGUCUGAGUAAACUUGGAGUCCUAGAUGCGAGUCGCGGUCGCUCCGAACCGUGCACCUCAUUAAGAGUUUUCGGAGAUUUGGUGUGCGUCGCGAUGGCAACAGGCUACAUCCGGAUCUUCAAUGUGAACUCCCUAACAUUGAAGUGUGAAGUCACUGCUCACGCCAGAUGGAUAACGGCUCUGGAUAUCGCACCCGAAACCGGUCUAUUGGUCUCUGUUUCGGAAGACGCUUUCAUCAGAGUUUGGCAAUUGCAUCCCGACCCAGCAUCUCAGAAAACCAUCACACCUGUUUGGAAUUAUUUUCUGGAAGAUGCGCAACUUUUUGGAGUCGCCUUCCUCGACCCAGCUGGCGACGCCAUUGCUGUCGCCCCAUAUGAUUUGUAUGAGUUGUUCUUGUUCGAGAAAGAAGAAUGCUGA